AUAAUUAGAAAACCAAAAGUUCAGGAACAAAAACAAAAAUGUGCUUCUCGGCGCUUCGAGAACGUGUAUUUCGUCUGAAAAACUUGCCGGCUGGUGAGAUAGCAACCCCACUUCGAAGAUGUCUGAGUACUUUUGACAUUACUCUUCUUGGAGUUGGCCAUAUGAUUGGCGCUGGAAUUUAUGUAUUGACUGGGUCGGUUGUCAGAAACACUGCGGGACCAUCAAUUAUUCUGUCUUUUUUGCUAGCAGGUUUUGCAUCUCUUCUCUCUGCUUUGUGUUAUGCCGAGUUUGGAGCUAGGUUCCCAAAAGCUGGAAGUGCAUACACAUACACUUAUGUUGGAGUUGGAGAGCUAUGGGCUUUUGUUAUUGGAUGGAACAUUAUACUAGAGCACAUGCUUGGAGCUGCUGCUGUCGCUAGAUCAUGGUCUGGAUACUUGGAUUCAUUACUGGGAAAUGUUAUUUCAAAUUCAACAAUUGCUCGCACUGGGCACUUGCAUGAAGCUUCAUCAUUUUUCGGCGAUUACCCUGAUCUUCUCGCUUUUCUACUCAUCGUUCUUGUGGCAUUUUUUGUUGCUCUUGGUUCAAAAGUGUCCACUAACUUCAACUCUUUCCUAACAAUUCUCAAUAUUGGAAUUGUUGUCAUAGUCGUGUUCUAUGGUAUAACGUUUGCUGAUUUCUCUCUAUGGAGUGGAGUAGAUGAGAAAGGGAAUUCGAGAUUCUUUCCGUAUGGAGUAUCUGGAAUGUUUGCUGGAGCUGCAUCUUGCUUUUUUGCAUACAUUGGAUUUGACGGACUUGCAACUGCUGGAGAAGAAGCUAAAGAUCCUGCACGAUCAAUUCCAAUUGCCACAUUCUCCUCUAUGACAAUUGUCACACUCUCCUAUGUUCUGAUGUCAGCUUCCCUGACAUUGAUGAUUCCAUACAAUAUGGUUCAUCCAACUGCAGCAUUUUCUGAUGCAUUCACGAUGCGUGGAGCAGAAUUUGCAAGCUAUGCGGUCUCGGUCGGUGCUCUUUUUGGAAUGACAACUAGUUUGGUUGGAGGAAUGUUUGCUCUUCCGAGAUGUGUAUUCUCAAUGGCUGAUGAUGGACUUUUGUUCAGCUCCUUGGCAUCCGUAAACCCAAAAACUCAAGUUCCAACUCAAGCUCUUCUUAUUUUUGGAUUCCUCACUGCAAUCAUUGCAUUGCUUUUCGAUAUUACCACUUUGGUUGAAUUCUUAUCAAUUGGAACUCUUCUUGCGUAUUCUAUUGUUUCUGCCUGUGUAAUCGUACUUCGCUACCAACCAGCAUAUAAUGUUGAUGAGGGCCAAUUCGACAAUGGAGGAAAACUUCGAUUCAGCAUUCCAUUCUGUGGCUUCCUUGAUAAACUUCAGCCAGGACACUCGAUUUAUUAUGGGAUGAGCGUAAUGAUUGCUUCAAUGUUCUUCUCAGGCCUUGGAUUCAGUUCUGGAUAUUUAUAUGGAACUGUUCUCUGCCAAAUAUUCUUGCUAGUCAAUAUUGCUCUGAUAAUUCUCUCAUUCCUCUUUAUCUGCGCUCAUUACCCCAAUAAUACUCCACUGGAUUUCAAGGUACCUCUCGUUCCUCUUAUUCCUGCCCUUUCACUCUUAAUCAACACUUUGAUGAUGGUUCAUCUUGCUUGGAUCACAUGGCUCCGGUUAGUUGUUUGGAUGAGCAUUGGUUUUGUUAUCUAUUUUGGAUAUGGAAUUCAUCAUAGUAAAGAAGAAGUACAAGACGCUGAAAAGUUCUCGAAGAGCUCCACGUAUGAGUCCGUGGUGUCUGGAGUAGUGGCUGGAGCUGGAACGACGUCUCCGUGAUUAUACCUUCUAAACUCAUCAGUUCUGUAAAUAAACCGCAGUCUCCUUUUUAUAUUAAUUUAUGUUUUCUUUAAAUAUCAAAUCUCUCCAAAUGAACACUGGUUCCUCUCGUUUGUACGCAUUUCCUGUCUGUGCUUCCUAGUAUUUUAGUUACUUUCAUUUCUUAGUAUUUUUGUUUCCUUGUUAAUAAAAAACUUGU